UGUUUUGAUUUUGUUUUGAGAAGAAAAUUUUUUUUCUCUUUUAGAUUUAAUUUAAUUGUUCUAAUUAUGUCUUCUAAUAAACAAACAGUUAGACGAUAUGUUGCCGGUAGAAUUCCCCACUACGCUGGUAAUGUAUCUUCUGAUAGUGAUGAAGAACAAGUUGAACAAUUUACAGCGAAAGAAAUUGAUUUGGACAAGAAAUUAACAUUAGUGGAAAAAUCUCCAGUCAACAACAGAGUAAAAGCACCUACUCGUCGUACCGUUGAUUCUGAUGAGGAAGAAGACGAAGAUGAAGUUGAACAUCGUCAUGCUGCUAUUCUUAGAAGGCGAGCUAGAGAAGAGGAAGAUUUAUUGGACAACGAUGAUUCGGAUGGCGAUAGUGAAGACAAUGAUGAAGAUAGAGAUAGUGAUGACGAUGACGAUGAUGAUGAUGAAAGUGACGAAGAGGAAUAUACAGAUGACGAAGAUGAUACUGGUCCACAAUUGAAGCCUGUUUUCAUUUCCAAGAAGCAUCGGGAGGCUCGAAUAGAGGAAAACAUUGAAUCAACGAUUGAUAUUGAAAAGAAACAGCGAGAGGAGAGGAGACGAGAAGCUUUAAGGAUUAUCGAAGAUGAAACAAAGAGAGAGAUUGUCGAGGAAAGUAAACAGGAAGAGGAACAAUUUAUCGAGUCAAUGGCUGCUUGUAAUGACGAUGAUGAAGAUGAAGAGAUUGAAUAUGAAGCAUGGAAGGUAAGAGAAUUGAAAAGAAUCAAACGAGACAAAGAAGAAAGAGAAUCUGAAAUGAAGGAAAAAGCCGAAGUAGAGAGAUUAAGGAAUCUAACGGAAGAGGAAAGGCUAGAAGAAUUGAAGAAAAGGCCCAAAGUGAUUACCAAUAAAGCGUCAAAAGGGAAGUACAAAUAUCUACAGAAAUAUUAUCAUCGUGGUGCUUUUUACAUGGACCAAGAGGAGACCAUUUUCAAGAGGAAUUACGCCGAACCAACGUUAGAAGAUCAGUUCGACAAGACGACCCUUCCGAAAAUUAUGCAGGUCAAAAAUUUCGGUCGCUCUGGAAGGACCAAAUAUACUCACCUGGUUGAUCAAGAUACGACUAAAUUUGAUUCUCCUUGGGCAACGGAAACAGUUUCAACAUCUAAAUUUGCCAAUAUCGCUGGAGGAAUGAAACAAUGUUUCGAUAGGCCGACAAAAAAAAGAAAACAUUAACAAUCUAAUUUGAUUGUUUUCGUUUUAUUAUCUCUCUUGUAACAUUCAUUGUAUCAUAAUAAUCACAUCAUCAGAGUUUUUCUUACUAUUAAUUAUAAAUAUAAGCAAGAAAACGGUUUGAA